AGAAGGUGAGUUGAUUAAAGCCUGAAAUCCGAUGAGCCCAAAACCGUGGACCAACACCGCCGGCGGUAUCCAAUUCCCAAUUCCACUCUCGCCUCUCCCGACUCCCCAGUCGAGCCUGCGGCAGAAGCCAAAAGGAAGAAUCACCAAUCACAGUUCGAUCCAUCUCCAGCUCUGCUGCUACCACCAUCUCCGCGAUUCCUUGCCUGCCCUGUCACUCACCAUUAGCUUCCGGUUCUUGAGACCCUCACUUCACAGCCCCCCGGGAAAGAUAAUAUAACAAAGGCCAUAACUUAGAAGAACAUCAUCGGACAUGUCGCUCCUUUCAAAGUUGCGCUUGAUCACUGUGGAUGUGACCGGUACUCUGCUUGCUUACAAAGGACAGCUUGGUGAUUACUACUGUAUGGCAGCUAAGUCUGCUGGGAAGCCAUGCCCAGACUAUCAGCGCAUGCAUGAAGGCUUCAAGCUUGCAUACACUGAGAUGGCAAAGCAAUACCCAUGCUUUGGAUUUGCAGCAAAGAUGCCAAAUAUUGACUGGUGGAGGAUGUGUGUCAAGGAUUCGUUUGUUAAGGCUGGAUAUGAGUAUGAUGAGGAGACAUUUGAGAAAAUUUUCAAACGGAUUUACUCUUCUUUUGGCUCCUCUGCACCAUACUCGGUAUUCCCUGAUGCGCAGCCCUUCAUGAGAUGGCUGCGUGAGAAGGGGCUCAUGGUUGGAAUUGUCAGCAAUGCAGAAUACCGUUACAAAGAUGUCAUUUUGCCUGCUUUAGGCCUGAACCAGGGCUCCGAGUGGGACUUUGGGGUGUUCUCUGGAAUAGUUGGUGUGGAGAAGCCAGAUCCAAGCAUUUACAAGAUAGCAUUGGGAAUGGCAGGGAAUGUUGCACCAGAAGAAGCACUUCACAUAGGCGAUAGCAUGCGCAAGGACUACGUCCCUGCACGGAGCAUUGGAAUGCACGCGCUGCUUCUGGACCGAUUCAAGACCGCUGAUGCUGAGAGCUGGAGGAAGUCAGGGGCAACUGUGCUCCCUGAUCUGGUAGCUACUCAGGAGUGGCUCAGCAAGAACCUCAAGGAUGAACCAGUAGCAGCUGAGCAGAAUGUCUGACCUGAGAAAUUCAGUUCUGCUUCACUGAGCUGAAUUCCACUCUUGUUUCCUAAUUAUGAAAUGUGCCAUUGAUGUAUUGUACUAAUGGAAUAGGUUAUGUGAUGGUUGUUGGCUGCUGGCAGGUGUAAGAUGUUUGGAGUCAGCUUCUGGGAUUGAUGCUGAUUGCUGAAUUUGUCAAGCAAAUCAGUAUGGGAGGCAUCAUUGUAGUCAUGAACUUUGUUUCAGCGAAGAAUGUUAGUUUUGUUUGGCAUCUUCACCUGUCUGAAGCAAUAAAAGAAACAGGGCCAGUUUA